ACCCCAACUUUAAUUUCAGCAGAUACGUUAGCCGUAACCAUGAAGGCAAUGGUAUAUCUCCAAGUUGCAGUUUCUCUUGCUUUGGCUCUGCAGUCACAUGCCUGGAUGAAUGGAGGCGAUUUUUCAAAGCAAUUUGAAGAAUGCACUGGUGUCUACAAUAAGCCUUCAGACGUAAAUGCUCUCUCCGUCAGAGGUUAUGAAAGACAGUGCACCGACCUUCUAAUCCCACCAUCACACCAACGUAUUGGAAACUUCACUGAUGAUCAGAUGGGUUAUAUCAAAAGCCUGAUCAGGAAGUCUUUUAUGGAAAUGUUAAACAAUAUGGGAAAUAGAGUUAAACGUACUACCAAAUCUGUAUGGAGAGUAAGAGAAGAAAUAAGAUCUCGUAAUGGGGCACCUUUCCAAAGGUACGCUGAAGCAGUGCGUCGUCUCAAAAAGUCCGGUGAAUAUGAUGUGAUAGCACAGAUACACAUAACAGUUGUUCCUACAGCACAUUUUGGACCAAAUUUCCUUCGCUGGCACAGACUUUAUCUGUUUAUCUUGGAGACAGCUUUAGGAUGUCCAAUACCAUACUGGGAUUCAUCUGAAGAUUACGUCAUGAAGAAACCGCAAGACUCUGUUGUCUGGACACCAAAAUACUUCGGCAACGGAUAUGGACCUGUAGUCACAGGCCCUUUUGCUAACUUCCAAACACCAAUUGGUCCCCUAUUCCGAAAGAUCAAUGCAGAUGGCUCACUUAUGGAUCGUGGUGCUGUUAUCAAAUAUGUUCUUUCUAAACGUCGCGUGGUGGAUAUUUCUUCCCCAACAGCAAAACCAAUCUCCAACAUGGAAGGUUACCAUAAUAAUUGGCAUGCCUGGAUAAACGGGCUAAUGGCUAACCUUGCCUAUAGUGCCUACGAUCCAAUUUUUUUUUGUCUUCAUUCAAUGAUUGAUAAUGUCUACGAGAUAUUCCGAAGGCAGCAAGUAAAAGCUGGUAUCGACCCGGCUACAGAUUUUGUCAAGACUGGUCAGAAGGGUCAAUCUCCAGGCGAUUUGUCCCAAAUUAAUGGCUUUAUUAAUCGCUAUGGACAGUCCCACAAAUUAGCCCUCCAAGUCCAAUAUCAACCAUUGUCCCAAUGUCCAGUUUGCCACGAUAGUAAACAUAAAUAUUGUGACAGUUACAGAGGUGUUUGUGUCUCACGUGCAGCAGCACCACAUACUAAUGCCAUGGAAGGCAUACUAAUUGCUGAUCUUAUGGCUAAGAAGUCCGGCUUGGCAGAGGGAGCGUUUGGUGAUGCUUUCCCUAUCUUCUCGGUUGAUCCUCGAACCAGAGGCGAUCCAGUGCAACCGGUCCAGGAGAAAAAAUAUAAAUAUUAAAAGUGCCUUAAUAAAGUUAUAGUUACGCUU